AAAAUCUAGGUGCUAAAAAAUCCCAAGGAGUGUCACAAAGGAUUUUUGGAUAUAAUACUAUGCAGGAUCCUGGGACAGGAGAAAUUAAUUAUUCUUACUUGGAGGGAGGGAGCAUCGGCAAGCGGAAGGAAGUCCGUCAAGCAGAUUCGUUGGACUAUCUUUUUCUCAUGCCGAUCAUUCAUUCACUACUCAUAUUCCAGUUCACCACCAUUAUAUUACUCAUACAUACAUACAUACAUACAUACUGUCACCAUGAGCCUCAUAAAACCAAGCGUGGUUCUCUUGUACCGACGAGUUUAUGCAGCUAAUAGGACAUUUAAUAUCUAGUCUACGAUAUUAUGCGUGAUAAUAAUCUUAUGCCCAUCGCUUUCUUCUUCGUCCCUCUCUUUAAAUGUGGUACAUAUUUUUCGGCUUUCUGUUCUGGACUAGCGACACGAGUUUGGCUCAAUAUUGUGACGUCGAACCAUGGGCAACGACGACUUUCUGUAUCACAGCUGUUUUGACCGACUUCUUCAUUCUUGCAACUCUGGUGCCCAUCGUCUGGAAUCUACAUAUGUCGCUCUGUGCAAGACUUGCAUUAUGUUCAAUCUUCGCCGCUGGUAUCUUGUAAGUAUAAACCCUUCAAUAUCACAUAAUUGUAUAAAACAAGCUAAUCAAUGCAGGUCUACGACUUCUGGUCAAUUCGAGCUGUCCUUACAGUAAUAUUUGAACUUGGUACUCAAGAAGGUUUUCGAGAUCACCUUGGUAAGUGUCUCCGAUCUAGCAUUGGAAAAACCAGUCUGAUACGUGAGACAGCCGCAAACACUACCAUUGUAGUCUGGUGCAUUGUAGAACGAAGUUCCGCAAUCAUCGGAGCAUGCCUUCCUCAGCUCGUCCAUUAUUUCAAGGAAAAAGCGCCGAAAGUAUUCUCCGCUCUGUCCAAUAUCCAUCUUUUCAUUGCGGUCAAACUCCCAAAAUUCUUUGAAGAAUGGAUCGGUAAGGAAUCUGGGACAUAAUCUAGACGAUGAAAUCGUGCUCCGAGCCACAAGCAAAACCUCACAAAAUUCUGUGGAAAUUUCAGUCGUCUGACCAUGCUGAAAGAGGAAUGAGUCUGUUGACAUAGGAUUUUGCAACUGCCUUAUGUAUGGAAAUCCCCCUUUUUUAUUUGGAGAAAUUGCCUUGUAUGAAUGAAUGCUUCGCUAGAUAAAAUC